AUGUCGCUCCACCGCUCACGCAAAAAUCAUGCGCUCGUAGCGUUAAUUCUACUGAACUGUGUAACGUCGAUUUCGGGGGAGGUUCGGCAAAAAAGGUACCUCGUGUACCCAGACGGAGGCCCGGCGAGAACGCAGUUUAUCAUAGGUCUGGGUAUUCCAGUCGACUUGAAAGAAGCAUCAGUGACAGUCGGUACAGUAAUCAAAUUCCAAUAUGACUUGCCCACCAAUUCCACUGAAUAUACAUCCAGAAUAUACGGCUUUGCCAAUACUAUCUCCAGCAGAGACAUGGUCAGUGAAAACGAGAAUCCUGAGCAAGAGAAUGAAAUAGACGUAGACGAUUCUAGAAAGCUGAGUGAGACAGAAGAUAUUGAUGUUGAUAAUGACAAUGAAAAUGAUACGUUAGUGGAUAUCACGUUUGAUAGAAAACGUAGGGCGACGCUGUAUUCUGAAGGAGGAGUUUUAAAUAGUGUUGAUGACGCAAAUACAGAAUUACCUCUAGANAAUCUAUCGAGUUUGAAUUUAAUUAACGGGUUUAUUAUAGGUCUGGGUAUUCCAGUCGACUUGAAAGAAGCAUCAGUGACAGUCGGUACAGUAAUCAAAUUCCAAUAUGACUUGCCCACCAAUUCCACUGAAUACACAUCCAGGAUAUACGGCUUUGCCAAUACUAUCUCCAGCAGAGACAUGGUCAGUGGAAACGAGAAUCCUGAGCAAGGGAAUGAGAUAGACGUAGACGAUUCUAGAAAGCUGAGUGAGACAGAAGAUAUUGAUAUUGAUAAUGACAAUGAAAAUGAUACGUUAGUGGAUAUAACUUUUGAUAGAAAACGUAGGUCGACGCUGUAUUCUGAAGGGGGAGUCUUGAAUAGUGUUGAUGAAGCAAAUACAGAAUUGCCUCUAGAAGAAGCGAUAAGAAGACAAGAGAAGAUUGAUAGAGAAUAUACUGAGAAAGAGCCUCAGAGGAUGAAUAGAUGGGACUUUUACAAAAUCAUCGAGCACAUGGUUGAAAGGUACGGCUAUUCAGGGCGGCCAUGCUUACUGAGAACAAUCUGUGAGGCGGCCGAGGUUCCAUUCAACCACGAAAACGGGUUACUCGCAGAGAUUGGUCAUAUACUAUUCACGCCAUCGACAACAAAAGACGAGCUGUCCCACCACACGGACGUCGAGUACCACGCGGCGGAGCGCCUCGGCAGAAGCGCGGGCGCCGGCUGCGAGGCGCUCUUCCCGGAGUGCGAGAGCUCCAUCCUGGACACCUUCACCGAGAUUGGAGAGGACACCCUGCAUAGAUUUGGACUUUGAUUGACUUUGGGCUUUGAAAUAAAC